CCUGUCAGUAAAUUCGGUACUAGAUCGGCGACUCUCCUGCCCGAGACUCCUUCACCUCAUGGCCCUGCCCCGACUUCACCCGCUGCUCCUGCUGCUCCUCAUCACCCCCGCGACCCUCUCCUCUCUCACCUUCACCGACACCCGCAGCUGCACCGACACCGACCGGGAACUUAGGGAUAGAGGCCUGGGGGGGACAGCGGGGGUCCGGGCCCCAAUAUCUGGAGAGCACCUGCGUAUCUGCCCCCAGGAGUACACCUGCUGCACCAGCGACACCGAGAUCCGGCUCAGUGAGGAGAGUAUGAGUGACCUGGUCAGGAUAGUCAAUGAGAGUCUUAGCUUCCCCUGGGGGGCAUUAACUACUGGCAAAAAGAAGUUCCAUAAAUUUUUUCUUGCCCUCCUCGAUGCCUCAGAACACUCGCUCAGUUCCAUGUUUGUUCUCUCCUACGGGCGUUUGUACUCGCAGAAUGCUGCUCUCUUCAGCACCCUGUUUUCUGAACUUCGAGCCUAUUAUAUGGGGGGUGGAGCCUCCAGGGUGGCCGACGCACUCUCUGAAUUCUGGGCGGGGCUCCUUGAGCGCACACUCCGCCUCCUGUUCCCGCAGUACCAGCUCAGUGCCGACUACAUGGAGUGCGCAGCUCAUAAGGCCGAGGAGCUGAGACCAUUUGGAGACUCCCCACGUCGCCUGAGGCUUCAGAUCACUCGAGCUUUGGGGGCUGCAAGGACACUGGUGGAGGGGCUGGGGACAGGGAGUGAUAUUGUCAGCAGAGCGGCUAAGGCGGCACCGCCCCCUGACUGUCUACAAGCCGUAAUGCGGAUGUGGUACUGCCCCCUGUGCCGGGGUCAUUCUAACCUGCGCCCGUGCCAUGGUCUCUGUCUCAAUGUCUUAAAAGGGUGCCUCGCCCACCAGGCUGACAUGGACGACGACUGGAACAGUUUAAUCGAUGGCCUCCAGGAAGUAGCCGAGCGACUGGCGGGGUCCUUUAAUAUAGAGCUGGCUAUGGAAUCUAUUGCGGUGAAGAUAUCGGAGGCCAUAAUGUCCCUGCAGGAGGAAAGUGUGCAGCUCACUGCUCAGAUAUUUCAGACAUGUGGCACCCCACCUCCAGGCCGAAGCAGACGCUCCCCAGGUGAGGAUCCCAGACAGAGGUUUCGUGUGUACAGUAAUGAUGAGAAACCCACCUCAGCCGAUGGUACCAACAUAGACAGACUGGUUUCGGAAAUUGUUGGCAAGCUCCGCCCACUUCGAGGUCUCUGGAAGCUUCUUCCCCUUUCCCUCUGUUCUGAUAAUAGAGUUUCUGCUGGACUCAGCAACCAGGAGAAGUGCUGGAAUGGGCAAAAUCGUGGAAGGUACCUCCCGCAAGUGACAGGAGACGGGCUAGUCAACCAGAUUAAUAAUCCCGAGGUGGAACUGCAGAUGUCUUCAGUCAACCCCAAGGCCCGUAGUCUGGGACUGCAGCUCCGUGUGGCAAGAAGUAAACUGCGGGCGGCGUAUAGCGGGCAGGAUAGUGACACGCAGGAUGUCUAUGAUGAUGGAAGUGGUGGAUCCGGUGGUGGGGACAUUGCUACAGAUAAGCCUGUGAUCAGAACGGUGGCAGGUGGGACCCAACUCAAAGAUCGGACAGGGAAGAAUAAGAAGCAGAACAAUAGGGGAGCUGGGCGAGGAGGCAAAAGAGGUGGAAGUGGGUUAAGCAAUGUUGGAAGGCCUAUCACACCCAGUGGACUUGCUCUCACAGUGACUUUGCUGCUCGGGGCCCUGAUGAGGGUGUGACCUUGGUCUAUACAAUGUAUGUAUGGGGGAGAGUGUGUGCGUGUGACUAUGUGUGUGUAUAGUUGUCCUACUUUAAAAAUGACAGAGAUUACUGGGAAACGUAGCAUUUGGGGAGGAUAAGAGGAUUGGUCUGGAUGGAUAAAUGGUGCGUCGUAAAAUGUCCACAUUUUUAUGAGGACAUGUUUAAAGGAUAAGUUAACCUUUAAAAUUAGUGAAUGUAAAAUUGAUUAUUUAUAUUGCUAUUCACCAAGUAGUCAAGGAAGUUGU